AUGGGUCGAACAAGGCGGCUGUCGGCUUCCAAGUCUUCGCAGCACCUGCGCCCCCCUCGUGCGGCUCCGCAUCAUAGGUUGCCCACGUCGGCGAGCUCCGUUUCCCUUCCGUUUCCGCACAGCGCGAGCGUACACAGUCUGUUGGCCGCGCCCUCGCAGGUGCGCAGCAGCGGGACGUGGACGACGAGCAGCGGCGAGCUCGGUCUCUUGAGCGACACGGACGAGGUGGAGGACCGGGCAAUCUUUGUCCACGAGUACAACCGGCUGGCGAGAAAGCAUGGCGUGAGGCUAUUGAUUGUCGACGACUUCGAGGCCGAGCAGCGGGUUGACGCUGUGCGAAGCCCCGAGAAGAGAGGCUGGCUUCAUCGACUCCUCCGAUCUAGUCCUCAUCAUGAUCAUCCCCCCCCCCCAGGGCCGCCCCCCCCUCGCCAGCUUCAGCCACGGCAUCGACGCAGCGUCUCAGAUCUCGCUCACAUUAUCCGUUCUCGCCGCGAGCCCCCGAGAGUCAUUUGUAUACAGGAAAUGGUGCGGUUGAGCGGCAAAAGCAUGAUGUAUUUGCCCCAGGACUAUUCCCCCUGCUCACUAGUCUUGCCGACCUGUCUCCGCGCGACCGCACAAUAUCUCGCCCAGAAUGCAGCCACACGUGGGGUUUUUCGAGUCUCUGGGUCUGUGAGGACUGUUUCUGCUCUAUUCGACUACUAUUGUCGCCUGGAAUCCGGUGGUGACGACAUUGCCGGGACGGUUCGCUGCGCCAACCUUCCGCUGUACAUCUCGUACUCUGUCCACGACGUGGCGUCUACUUUCAAGAGGCUGCUGUCUGUUCUUCCCGGAGGGAUCCUUGGGUCUCUUGCCCUUUUCGACGCUCUGGUUGCCAUUCACUCCCAACUCAACGGAGAACCCGAGUUUCCGCGAACCAAGCAGACCAAAGUUCGCGCAAGACUCAUCGCCCUGGCCAUUGGCACCAUCAAGUCUCAGUUCCGCCGAGAGCUCGUUUGCGCCGUCGUCGGCCUCUUGAGCUUGAUCGGUCGAGUCGCAGAGGUGACACCGCGCGAGGACGCGGACGGGAGACCGCUCCCGACAGCAGACUUGAUGGGCUACCAUGCCCUGGGGAUCGUAUUUGGCCCGCUUUUGAUGGGGGACUUGCUGGAUCAGUACACGAUGAAGCUGGCGGCCCCGACGGCGGGAAUGCUUCUGCUUCCUUUGAGCCCCCACAGACUUCUCCGCGGGCGCAAGACCAAGGCAGAAAACGAAGAGUCCGGGCCGCCGACCGUCAACAAGAUUCUGGUGGCCAAUGGGAUCGCCGAGAUGCUCAUCGCCAACUGGCGCGACGUCGUUCGCCAGAUGAAGUCACUCGGCACUCACCACCGGAGAGACGUGUCUCUUGUCAACCUCAACAACCCCUCGCUGCGCCCAUCCGCCUCGCAGGCCUUUACCAUCAAGAUGCCGCAAGACAUGGAUGCGCCGAAAGAUGACCAGGCUAAGCGCCACAGCACCCCGGAGCCGGACACGCCGACGGCUGGGCUGAGGAGACGGCGACCAAGAUCGCUCGUGCACGCGGCCUCCCACAAACUACUGCCGAAGAUGAGUGUCAAGACAUUGAGCCCGACCAAGGAAGAGAGCUUGACGGACGACGAAGGGGUGACCGCCCACAAAGGCGCCUUUCCGCAAGGCAAAGAAGAAGCCGCAGUCGGACGAUCCAGCCAGUCGCCCAAGCCGACCGUGACCUUGACGAUCCCCGAGGACGAGGAUGCACGAGGAAUGAAUCAUGGAGAAUUUGUAGCCAUUUCCAACAUUACACCACCAGCAGUCGAUAACCAGGAGCAACCUUUGCAGCAGCCGAAGGCGACGUCUCAGAGCAAUCCGCGAGUACACCUCGACACUGUCCCGCCACGAAUAUCCUCUAGAUCGCGACACGAACACGACAGCUCAGAGACGGCGCAGAAAAUCAUGUCUUACUCAGGGGGAGGAUUUACUGAACUGCUGUCUCCUGACCCCCUUGAGGGCAGGAUUGGGAGAAUGCAGGGACGGUUUCGCAAAGCUCGGUCAUCGAACAAUGUCGGCUCUUAUGAUGGUUCUGACGACUCUGCGGGUCCGUCAUACUGUCCGCGCAAUGACAAGAAGGAGAAUCAGACUGAAUUCAUGAGUCCGAGGGAGAAGCGCAUUUCUCGACUUUGCAACGCGCACUCACCGCACGGACAUGGUUCGGCGGACUUCGGGCGUAACGCAGUCUUGCCCGGAUCAGAGGCGUCGGAAAUAAGUGUAAAGGGCAACGAAACGCAGCUCCGGCCUGCUGGGAAGAGUCUGGAUGAUGUCGGACGAAUCGCGCCCAACAAUUCAACUUGGACGCCCCGGAAUAACGUCGAUGGGAGACGAAGCACAGAGCACGCCCAGAGAGGCUCAAUUGGCAGCACGCCUAAGCUCUUAUAUCCUCGAGAAAGUGCGCAACAGAAUCGCCAGUGGAAACGGAGCAGCGAUCAAGACUCUGAAACUGCCGAUGGCGAUGCUGUGCCGCGCAGCCUGGACUUGGUCAAGUACGUGGAGCCAGGACAACAGGCCAAGCCUGACGGACAGCAUAAUCCGCCCCGGCAGGUCACAGCAUAUGAGAAGAGCCCAUCGAGCCGCCAGUCCCGAGCUUUCAGGUCUCCUGGCCCGUGGCGCGGCCCAAUCAAGCUCCAGGUGCAAUCGCCCAUGCAGUCCAGCAGCUCCGGAGCGCUCAGCAAACGAGGGUCUGUCAAGGCCAUUGCCGCACUGUUUAAGAGCCAAGGCUCGGCUGAAGACAGGCCAAUGUUGCCUGGCAAGGGUAAGUGCACCGAAGAGAACGCUUCGAGACAGGCGCCGGCGGCUGCCUCGCCUCGCAAGUGUGGUCAGCUCUCUAAGGCAGGGCUGGAAACGUCGCGUGACGACUCGGACAAGUCGCCAAGGUCUUGCAUCGGCAAAAAAGACGCUGCCAAGAAUUCUACCUCUGGAAAUAGCGACAGUGAUGUCGAGAUGGGAGAUGGACAAAGCACCUGUGCUGUUGACGGAGACGCCGUGGCGGCUCCUCGCGUCGGCGCCAGACGGUCAAUGCCCGCACUUCACCAGUCUGCGGAUGAAGGCCCCGUGCUUUGCGGGAGGCUCAAGCCCGUCCCGAGCCUGGGCACCAUGGUCCCCUACCGCGAGCAGCCCCCGAUUGCGCAACACCUCAACCUCGUGCGGCCGCUGUCGACGCCAGCCCCGGGCCGCUCAGGCAUCGACGGAGCGCCCACGACGUACUUUACGCCGCCCUCCAAGUUUGAGAGUCCCACGUCGAGCACAACUGUCUUGUACGCGCAGGUACAGAGCCUCCAACGAAGCCUGAGCGCCAAGGCGGACGAGGCGUCACAGCUGCGCAGGCAGCUCGAGGCGCAGGAUAGUGCAGAGGUGGGGACGCUGAGCGAGCAGUUGCGCACGGCGAGGAGGGACUUGUCCACGUGGCGCGAGAGGGCCGAGGCGGCGGAGAAGAGGAUCCAGGUGUUUGAGCGGUUCACAUCGCGCCUCAGGGGCAUCAAGGCGUCCAUGUCGAUGGCGCAGCAGAGACCUGCAGGGAACAAUGAAGACGGCGACAAUGGGAAACAACAGGAAGAUGGGCCAUUGCACAAGGCCUUGCCGAAGAAUCUGGACAAGAAGCCAAAGAGCGAGGGGAGCGACGACUCAGGCAAGACCGAGGAUGACGGUGUCGUCUCGGCCAGGAUACGGAGGUGUCUGCAUGGCCAUUCGUCACUCGCAGCGGCCCACGACGAGGGCUUGGAUGGAAGCCGACCCGGCGUGAGCGGAGUGGACGGGGCAUUAAGUCCCGUGAAGGAGCAUCAUCAGGCCCUAUUCAUGGACGGGGGGGCGGAUGAUGUGUGGGCGGCUGCGGAGGAGCUGCUGCGGAUGGAGGACAACGGGGUGCUCUAA